CCCUUUUGUACUGGGCCCCUUGGAAAAAGCCAUGAAUUUUGAAUUUGAGAGGGAGAUCGGCUUCAUAAACAGCCAGCCAUCGCUAGCGGAGUGUCUGACGUCCCUUCCCGCUGUCCUGGAGACAUUUCAAACUUCAUCAAUCAAGGAGCCACCGACGUUAAUUCCUCCUCCUUCGGAGCAAAGCCUCCUCGGUUUGGAUCCUUCUUCUCUCAGCAGCAGCAGCAGCAACAGCAGCGGCGGCAGUAGCGGCCAACCCACGCCAAGGAGCCAAAAGAGACGGAGGCACGGGCAUGGGCAUGGGCAGGCCCCGAAAACGGCGGCGCCUCCGACGGUGCCCCCCGCCCCCGCCGCCCCCCUGGCCGGGGAAUUCCCCUGGAUGAAGGAGAAGAAGGGCGCCAAGAAAGCCAGCCCCGGCCCGGCCUCGGCUUCGCCCGCAGCCGCCGCCGCCUUCCCUGCCUCCCUGCCUGGAUCAGCCGCCGCUUCCCCUCCAGACGGCCAGGGUUUCCUUGACCCCAGCAACAGCAGCGGACCCAACGGCUCCCGACGUCUGAGGACGGCUUACACCAACACGCAGCUCUUGGAGCUGGAGAAGGAGUUCCACUUCAACAAAUACCUCUGCCGGCCCCGUCGGGUGGAAAUCGCGGCCUUGCUGGACCUGACGGAGAGGCAAGUGAAGGUCUGGUUCCAGAACCGUCGCAUGAAGCACAAGCGGCAAACGCAGCACAAAGAAAUCCUCGAAGGAGAGGGAGAAGAGGAGGAGGAGGAGGAAGAAGAAGAAGAGGAGGAGGAGGAAGAGGAGGAGGAGGGGGGCAGCUCGCCAUUUGGGGAGCUCCCUUGUCCUCCUUACCCAGGCAACACGGAGCCGUCAGGGCCCCCCGCUGGUUACCUGACACCCACCAAAGAGGGGGUCGCCGAGGAGGUGCCAAACGGGACAGCUGGCCUUCGCUCUUCCUCCUCUUCCUCUUCCUCCCCGGACAAUGCCUUCCUGGGAAGCCCCAAGCCGCCUUUGUUGCCUCCAGACCUCUUCGCGGUGGAGCCCCAAACACCCGGGGGUCUUUCUCCCACCCUCCAAGGCUUCCUAGACAGCCCUGUCAGCUUCUCCGUGGAAGACCUGGACUUUUUCACCAGUACUCUCUGCACCCUCGAUUUGCCGCAGUUGGACUUCCAGUAAAUAGAGCCACUCUCUUCCUUGUGUUGUCGAAGACUGGGUUGCUGAGAGUUUUCCGGGCUGUAUGGUCAUGUUCCAGAAGCAUUCUCUCCUGACCUUUCGCCCACAUCUAUGGGAGGCAUCCCCAGAGGUUGUGAGGUAUAUUGGAAACUAUGCAACUAUCUGUGGAAGGUCAAGGGUGGGAGAAAAAAACUCUUGUCUGUUGAAGAAAAGUGCAAUUAAGCAUCGCAAAGGCUUGCAGCUUCAAGGCCUGGCUGAUUCCUGCCUGGGGGGAGCCUUUGUUGGGAGGUGUUAGCUGACCCUUAUUGUUUCAUGUCUGGAAUUCCCCUGUUUUCAGAUAUAUAAGUCUCCCUUGCUUAGUUUCCAAUAUACCUCACAACCAGUGUUGUGCUUCACCAUAAAUGUGGGCGAAACAUCAGGAGAGAAUGCUUCUGGAAUUCCCCUGUUUUCAGAUAUAUAAACCUCCCUUGCUUAGUUUCCAAUAUACCUCACAACCUCUGAAGAUGCCUGCUAUAGAUGUGGGCGAAACAUCAGGAGAGAAUGCUUCUGGAACAUGGCUAUACAGCCCGGAAAACUCACAGCAACCCAACCCUCUUCCUCUUCCUUCCUGAUCUGCCUUGGGUUUCUAGGGGCCCCUGUGAAUGAGAUAGACACACUCACACACACACAAAAGCACACACAUCCACUCCCCCUCAAACCAUUUGAGUCCUGAAUGGCUCCUCAUCCUCCUCUAACCAUUAUCCUUUCACUUUCCCGACUCAUUCCAUACGGAAAGAAACAUACAUGUGUUUGUGUUUAAUGGAACCAGUCCUUGAAAAGGGCCAUGAGAGAAGUUUUCCACAGGAUGGUAAACACAUCCGGGCUUCCCUUGGGAAACGUCCUUGCAGACGGCCAAUUCGCUCACAUCAGAAGCGAGCUGCAGUAUAUUCUCAAUUCACUUCUGACAUGAUUUAAAAAGUCAUUGAAAAAUAUUUUCCUCACAUUUUCAUAUUUGUGCUCAAAUAUAGGCACUUCUAUCUCCGUUGACUUUGCAUCCCACAACAAUGGAAAUCAGGGGAUAUUUUCCACAUUUGGAAGAGAAACCAACUGGACUUCUAAAUCUCUUCGCCACUCACUCAAAUGAUUCCCAUUUCGACUUUCCCCUCAUCCAUUCUCAUUGACCCAGGUUAGAAAAUUUCCAGGCAAACAAAAAAAAAAUCAUUUUUGUAAAAAAAGUGAAUUUCUCAGGAAGCUUAACAAGAAGUCUAGAUUUUGUUUUUUCAAAAUUAAAAAACGAAAUAGAAGAAGGAAGAAUGACCAACGCCUCCUUCCUUUAAUGUUUUAGACUGAGGUAGAUUUAUUUAUUUAAAUGCUUUCAUAGUCCAAAUGCAAAUUAUUUAUUGUACAUUAUUUUCCUAGAUGAAAUAAAUGGCUUUAUAGUCUGAAAA